AUGGCAGAAGAACAACAACCAAUACUGCGUCCCUGCCACGGUGCAUCCGUCCCCGACAUCACAGCAAUCGGCCCAGACCAGGAAUCUGUAGCCUCCUGGAAGGAGAGAUGCGGGAUCAACUCCUCAAACCAGAUCUGCUUAGUGAGAUUGGUCCACAUGCGGUAUCAGCAUCCUGAUUUGAUUGCCAUUACUGCUUUCCUCGAAGAUUUUGGCAUGUCCGUGGCCAAACGAACAGCAAACCAAGUUUGGUAUAGGGGUUACGGGACCGAUCAGUACGUGUAUUAUGCGCAGAAGGGAGAGGAGAAAAGGUUUCUUGGGGGGACAUAUGAGGUAGAGGAAUUUGCGGAUCUGGAAAGGGCUGCAAAACUUCCUAAUGGAUCUGCCAUCAAGGAGCUCACUGAUGCACCUGGCGGCGGCUACAUGGUCACGGUCACAGAUCCUGAGGGCUUCCCUGUGAAUCUGAUGUACGGCCAGCAUCCGGCAGAGCCCGGUCAGUAUCCAGAGAGCUUGGUGUUUAACACUGAGGUUGAAAAGCCUCGUAUUCGCCGGUUUCAACGAUUUGAAGGGGGACCUGCGGCUGUUCACAAGCUAGGUCAUUACGGUCUAUGUGUGAAAGACUUCCCAGCAAUGGUGGCUUUCUACACGACAACAUUCAAUCUGGUUCCCACCGAUUUCCUGUAUGUUGGUGAAGGAUCCGAGAAGAAGAAUGUAGCUCUCUUUGCACACAUUGACCGAGGAGCAGACUACGUAGAUCAUCAUACUUUCUUCAUGAGCACUAAUAGGACCUCCCACGUCCACCACUGUUCCUUUGAAGUCCAUGAUUUCGACACUCAGAAGCUAGGACACCAGUGGCUCGUGAAGAAAGGAUAUAGCUCUGUCUGGGGAGUGGGGAGGCAUAUACUGGGUUCCCAGAUUUUUGACUACUGGUGGGAUACAACUGGGAAUAUGAUUGAGCAUUAUGCAGAUGGCGAUAUUGUCAAUGAGAUGACGCCAAUUGGGUACGGGCCUGCUGGAGAUGAAUCGCUCGCUGUUUGGGGACCAGAGGUUCCUGCUUGGUUUUUGGAGUGA